GGGCCUCCAUUAAAACAAUGAAAACCUCAUGCCGAUCCUAAAUUUGCAAGCAUUCCGUCCCGCUCUCCCGACCCAUUUAAAAAACCCUUAUAAAACCUCCCAAACGAAACGCUACCCAUCAUCAUUCCUCCGCUUUCCGAUCGAUCCGUUGAGAGAAACAGCGAGCGGAUCCGAGCCUCGCCUUGCCUCUUCUACUAUUCCUCCAUUCGCUGAAAGGAACUCGGAGGAAUCGCGACAUUCCGCUGGUCCGAAGCUUAGCAAUGGCUAUGGAGAUCACCCAGAUCCUGUUAUUGGCCCAAUCUCCAGAUGCUAAUGUCAGGACUGUUGCAGAGAAGAAUCUUAAGCAGCUUCAGGAACAGAAUCUCCCCAUUUUUCUCCUCUCCCUAUCUGCUGAACUAUCAAGUGACCAAAAGCCUCUGGAAUCCCGAAGACUUGCUGGCAUUGUCCUUAAGAAUUCUCUGGAUGCGAAGGACAUAAUUAGGAAAGGAGAGCUAACACAACAUUGGGUCAAUAUUGAUCCUACAAUAAAAACCCAGAUCAAGCAAUCUCUUUUCCAAACACUUGGGACAUCUGUAUCUGAGGCGGGGCACACCUCAUCACAAGUCAUUGCAAAGAUUGCUUCCAUUGAGAUCCCUCGAAAGCAAUGGCCAGAGCUCAUUGGCCACUUGCUAUCCAACAUGACCCAGCUAGAGACACCAGCCUCAUUGAAACAAGCAACCCUCCAGGCACUUGGUUAUGUCUGUGAGGAGAUAUCUUCACAGGAUUUGGAGCAAGACCAAGUAAAUGCAGUUCUUACUGCUGUAGUUCAGGGUAUGUCUCAGACUGAACACUGCCCUGAAGUCCGUCUUGCUGCUGUCAGAGCACUAUAUAAUGCUCUUGAUUUUGCUCAGCAUAACUUUGAAAAUGAGAUGGAGCGGAAUUUCAUUUUGAAGGUUAUAUGUGAGACUGCUGUAUCAAAAGAGUUGGAGAUUAGGCAGGCAGCAUUUGAGUGCCUUGUUUCGAUCUCUUCUACAUACUAUGAGGUGCUUGAACAGUAUAUGCAGACAUUAUUCAAUCUGACAGCAAAUGCUGUGAAGACAGAUGAAGAACCUGUUGCCCUUCAAGCUAUUGAGUUCUGGAGUUCUAUUUGUGAUGAAGAGAUUGAGAUUCAAGAUGUCUAUGGGGGAGCUGAUGAUGCAGGCUCAGAGCAUCAUCAUUUUCAUUUUAUAACAAAAACACUUCCGUUUCUUGUUCCAUUGUUGCUAGAAACUCUAUUGAAACAAGAGGAGGAUCAAGAUCAAGAUGAAGGUAUCUGGAACUUGUCCAUGGCUGGUGGGACCUGCUUAGGACUUGUUGCAAGGACUGUUGGAGAUGUGAUACUGCCCCUUGUUAUGCCCUUCGUGGAGGAUAACAUAGUAAAACCUGAUUGGCAAAGCCGAGAAGCAGCCACCUAUGCUUUUGGCUCCAUUCUUGAAGGUCCAUCAAUUGAAAAGCUUUCUCCACUGGUUCAUGCUGGUCUAAACUUCUUUCUUAAUUCAAUGAAAGACCAGAAUAGCCAUGUGAGGGACACCACUGCAUGGGCUUUGGCUAGGAUCUUCGAAUUCUUGCAUUCUCCAAGCACUGCCGAUCAAAUUGUAACAUCUGCAAAUCUUCCUCAUAUCAUGUCCGUAUUGUUGGAAAGUAUCAAAGAUGUCCCUAUCGUGGCUGAAAAGGUUUGUGGUGCCAUUUACUUUCUUGCUCAGGGGUAUGAAGAGGAGGGAUUAGGGUCAAGUUCCUCUGUCCUUUCACCUUACCUUCCUGACAUCGUUGCUGCUCUCCUUUUCUCUGCUGAUCGCACCGACUCUAGCAGCUCCAGGCUUCGGGCUUCUGCAUAUGAAACCUUGAAUGAGAUAAUAAGGUGCAGCAAUAUACCUGAGAAUUCUAAUAUGAUUGCCCAUUUACUCUACACAAUCAUGACCAGAUUAGGCCAGACUUUAGAGCUCCAAGUUGUUUCCUCAGAUGAUAGGGAGAAGCAAAUUGAUAUUCAAGCUUUGCUUUGUGGCGUCCUCCAAGUAUUGAUUCAGAAGCUUAGUGCCUCUGAUGAGACCAAGUCAAUCAUUCUACAGGCUGCGGAUCAGAUGAUGAUCUUGUUUCUCCAAGUGUUUGCUUGCCGCAGUUCUACUGUGCAUGAAGAUGCAAUGCUUGCAAUUGGAGCACUAGCUUAUGCUACGGGUACAGAAUUUGCUAAAUACAUGCCAGAGUUAUACAAGUAUCUAGAGAUGGGAUUGCAAAAUAUUAAGGAGUAUCAGGUCUGCUCUAUCUCAGUUGGUGUCGUGGGGGACAUCUGCCGUGCCUUGGAUGACAAGGUCCUUCCCUAUUGCGAUAGUAUCAUGACUCAUCUUCUUAGGAACCUCUCAAAUUCCAUGCUCAAUCGGUCUGUCAAGCCUCCCAUGUUCUCAUGCUUGGGGGACAUUGCCCUUGCCAUACGUGAGCAUUUUGAGAAAUAUCUGCCCUAUACAAUGCCGAUGCUGCAAGGAGCUGCAGAACUGUGCUCCCGGAUGGAUGGUGGUGAUGAGGAUUUGCUUGAUUAUGGAAACCAGCUUAGAUGCGGCAUAUUUGAUGCUUACUCUGGUAUACUUCAGGGAUUUAAAAACUCCAAGGUGGAGCUGAUGGUUCCUUAUGCAGGCCAUCUUUUACAAUUUACAGAGGCAAUCUUUAAAGACAAGGAUAGGGAUGAGGGAGUGACUAAAGCUGCGGUUGCUGUCAUGGGGGAUCUCGCAGACACACUUGGUCCAAACACAAAGAUCUUCUUUAGAGACUGUACUUUCCAUAAUGAUUUCUUAGGAGAGUGCUUUGCAUCUAACGAUGACCAACUGAAGCAGACAGCAACCUGGACUCAGGGAAUGAUUGGACGUGUUCUGGUUUCAUGAGGUGAAGCCACUUCUCGGAGUAAAACGAAGGUUCCUCUUUUCAUUAUACUGUUUCCUGUGAUAGCAAAGCAGUUCAGUCUCAAGGUGGGUACAAGUAUGUUGGGAUGUAGUCAUUUUUCAUACCCCUUUCUGUUUACCUGCGUCACUUUGUGCGAAUGUGGCAGUGAUAUGCCACUUGCAGACAAAUGUUAAUGGGUUUGGGUGUACGGGAACUCUAUUAGCUAAUGCAUCCACUCGUUUGUGGUUCUUAGUA